GCGCGCGUCCCGCGUCGCACGUUUUCUCGGCCCGGCGGCUUCCUCGACGCCCCGCAGCGCUCGCAGGCUUCGCAAGAAAACAACAACCCUGACCAUGGCGCGCGUCAUGCACGCUCUCGGCACGGCGCUCCGCGAGACGGGCCAGGCGCUCGAUCGCAUCGGUUGCAGUUUUCAGGGUUCCAACGUCUUUCGAGAGGCGAUCAGCAAGCAUCGCACGAUCCAGCAGAUCUACGAGAAAGUCCCGAAGCUCCCGGCCGCGGGGUUCGUCGCGCCGUCCGCGUCCGUCAUCGGCGACGUCACGAUCGGCGAAAACUCCAGCGUGUGGUACGGCGCGGUCCUCCGCGGCGACGUCAAUCCAGUGUCGAUCGGAUCCUUCACGAACAUCCAGGACAACGCCGUCGUGCACGUCGCCAAGACAAACGUCGGCGGCGUCUCGCUCCCGACCGUCAUCGGCGAUCGCGUCACCGUGGGUCACAACGCGAUCAUCCACGCGUGCACGAUCAAGGACGACGCGUUCAUCGGCAUGGGCGCGACGGUGAUGGACGGCGCGACCGUGGAGGCGGGCGCGAUGGUCGCCGCCGGCGCGCUCGUGACGCCCGGGACGACGGUGCCGUCGGGGCAGCUCUGGGCGGGCGCGCCCGCGCGGAUGAUGCGCGAGAUGACCGCGGAGGAGAAGGCGUUCACGAAGACGAGCGCGGAGACGUACGCGGCCGUGGGGGAGGUUCACGCGGAGGAGUGUGGGAAGGGUUUCGAGGAGAUCGAGCACGAUAAGGCCGCGAGGCGAAUGGCGUUGGAGAGAGACCCGGAUUACGACUCGCAUCUCGGCGUGAGACGGGGGGACGUCAAGGUGCAGAUUCCGUGA